GACUUCGGCUCUGGCAUCUCUCGAUCCUAGUAGCAUUACUUUAGGUCAUCACGUAUUUUCCUGCUGAGAUAAUACCGAAGUCCUUCUGAUUACUUGGUCAUCUGCCUGAGCUGUGGCUACAGUACCUGUUUUGCAAGUCAGGAGGGUACAAACAGGCCAUCGCGCGCUUCCCCGAUCCUGCUUCCCCUGCUUAUAGAUCUCCUGUUCCAUUCGUCAGCUUAUCCUUUUUUUCCGCUGGUUGUACAUUGAACGGACAAGGGUCGACAGAAACAAUCCUUUCCGUGGCUCGAAUAUACACACCCCACUUCACCUUGAUAGAAUGGCGCAGAACGCCGAAGCGACUCCAAAGAGACCUAAGGGUAUUCUCAAGAAUUCUAGUUCUCAACAGCUACUCCACGUUGCACCUAAUGACCCUCACCAUACGCCCUCUCCACCGCCGGCAGAUUUCAAGGAACUUACACUGCAAAAUACCCUUGUAAACGCCGGUCGCCGCCCUUCCGCCUCCUCGCGCCGCACUUCUCUCGCCAGCGCCCACGGCCACCAUGACGACGUCUCGCCCCGCCUUAAGUGGGACGAAGCCAAUCUGUAUCUAACGGAGCAGGAGAAGACGGCAAAGAUGAAGAUCGAUGAGCCCAAAACUCCGUAUGCUCCGCGCUAUGAUCCCACCGAGGAUGAGGAGGAGAUGAAGCUUGCAGAAGCGCAGGAGAGCCUGAUUAAUGCGCAGGGCGUUGUUGUGGAUGAGCUAGACAAGAAUAAGAAAGGCUCUUCGUCAGCCUCACACAAGAAGGUUUCCGAAGAUGACAUUCCUGAACUGGAGUUGGGAGAGCCCGAGGAGGAGAUUUCGCAGGGGACGCAUCUUGGAGCCGGCGAUAGAAUUACGCGUGCGCGCAGCUUGAGUAGUGAGUCUGGUCGCAGUGACAGGCAUGUCGUUGUUGGUGCGGAUGUCAGUGAGGCCAACGGGGAUAUGCGCUUGUCGCCUGAAGAAGCGCAGGAGAAGCAUCGGCAGUUUGAGGAGCAGCGGAAAAAGCACUAUGAGAUGCGAAAUAUCAAAGAGCUUCUAGCGCACCACGAGAACUUGGACGAGAUGGACGAAGAAGACGACGAAGGAGCAUCCAGCUCUGCUGCUCCGCCUCCCAUGCCGCAGAUUCCACAGCAAUAUGUGAACGGAGGCAAGUGAGCCUUCGAUAAUAGUGCAGUCAAACCCCGAGAUUGACUUUCCUCUUGUAUAUUCCCGAGCGCUUUGAGUUAUGUUGACAAGCAGACGAGUGAUGAAUAAGUCUGGUUUUUUUUUUUUCCUAAGGUACUGUGUUAUCUAUGAGCUUGAUUUUCUCCUGCUUCCUGAAUAAUUUUGAUAGAUCUUGCUCUUCCUGUUGAGCAAAGUUGACAUUUGCAUUUCGAAUAUACGAGGUCGACAAUGUUAUCCACAAUUAUUUUGCGAUGAAUCACAGGAGCUGCGUAUGCAUUUACCUAUAUAUAGCCCGUGGGUCUAGCUAUAUAAUGACAGCUUGGCACUCAGGAGAGGAGAGCCUGUAGCCUGUCGCAACAAAUUUCACAAAUCAUGAGGGAUCGUACGACCGGAUCCAUGAGAC